AUGGCACUCGAGAACAUGAGAAAGAAGAGAUCGAAACUGUUGAGUAUACAAGAUAUGGAAGAUAGAAGUAAAGAGUUUUGUCGCAUGAUGAUAGAAGGGGCCAAUCAAAGCCAAUAUCGUGGUGAAUAUGGACAAAAUUCGUUGUUCGAGGAAUUAAAGAUUAUAAUAAAAGACACGAGCGUAUUUCCAAGCGAGGCCGACGCUAUGCUAUUCGCGUUGAAGAAUAACGAAUUUCGGAUAGUGGCGUGUCUGCACGAGAGAAUGGCGGUCAACGUUCACAAAGCCGAAUUCGCAGAUGGAAAGUCCGUGCUUCAUUGGUUGGUCAAACGGAAGUACGUCGAGCCCCACAAGACCUACCUCGCGAGCGCCAAGUUGAUCAUCGAUUACUUGCUGAAAGAUGCGCAGGAUAAUUACCGGGACGGGCAGGGCUUCACGUACUUUCACGGGGCCUGCAUGAUCGGCGACUACUCGACGCUGCAAAGAUUCAUAUUGACCCUGGGCGCGCGCGUCUGCAAUAUCGACACGUACGCGCUCUCGCCGCUGUACAUCGCGGCCAAGUGCGGUCGCGAGGACGCCGUGCGAUGCCUGCUGUACCACGGAGCGAAUCCGAACUGGUACGACCGGCGGCAGGGCUCGAGGAUUCUUCACGGGUUGGCGAGACUGCGCCGAUGCGACUGCCCGGAGGCUUGCUGGCCCCUCACGGAUCCGGACUCGGCGCCGAGACCCGUCGAGACAAUCGUCGACAUGCUCGUUCGUCGAGGUGCGCGAGUCGACGAGCGCAACGUCGCAGGCCUGACUCCGCUGGAGUGGGCCGUGUCGCGAUUGGACUACAGUCUGACCCGGGCGCUUCUGAGACACGGAGCGAGUUUGAGGAAUCUGAACGAGAAUAUAUCGUUGAACAUAAAAGAUUAUACCAAGUACGAAUUGAUGUUCUAUCCGGUCGCUUUGUACGUUCCCGAGAUGAUGGCAUUAUUGACGACGAAGGGAUUCGUAAUGAACUCCCUUGCUCGAUCUAAGUUUCUGAUAUUUUGGUCGGAAGCUGCGAAACACGAAAUGGAUGAUUUGCAGAGUCUCGUGUCCAGUGAGUUAUUCAAUUUGGUUGGCAUUACAAUUUUAAUUCGAUAG